GCACUUUUGGGUCAGAGAUGGCGAAAGGAAACGCCGUGCAAAGCAGAAAACGCCAGCAACUCCCCGGCUAUUUUCCAGCCCUGCAACGGGCUGUGGGCGCCGAGAGGCUCAGGGCAUCUCUGCCAGGUGCCCCCCAACUGUGCGGAGGAGCAGCGCUCUGUUCGCGGGCACCCUCGGUACCACCGCCAGCCCUUCUAGCGAGUGGCGCACGGAAUCGCAAGCCCAGACACCCUACUCGGUGCUGCCCCACGGGCUCUCAGCUGACUCGGAACAGUAGAUGCUUUGUUCCAGACAAUCCCGGAGGCAGCUCGGAGCGCAGCGCCCAGCUGUGCCCAGCUGUGCCCAGCCGUGCGCCAUAAGAUUCGCGCCCAGGGCCCAGCGGUGCGCCGCCGACGCCAACUCACCCCAGCUCCGGUUGCACCACCCGAAUGUAAGUGUAACAUCGCCUCAGGAUGAUUUCCUGAAAAUCGACAGUGCUGCCCUUCCCGUUCCACUUGGGCGACCGGCGCCCCAUCAGGAUUCCGACCACCACCGCCACGGUCACCAGCACCAGGAGACCCA